AUGGAGCUCCUAGAGCAGCGGACUCUUUCCCCGGGCCGAUCUGCACCUUCUCCCGAGACCUUCCCGAGUUCCGGGCUGCUCAUCACUCGGGAUGGACAAAGCCCCAGCUACUCUCAACUUCGCCGAGACUUCUCGCACUCAGGUUCCAGACCCCGCCUCCUCUUCCCGCCCCUCGCAUUCCAACUCCGGGAUUGGUCGCUUUUAGCGCCUGUCAGCGCGGCCUCGCGGAUUGGCCUUAGGCUGGCUCACGUGAACAAGAUGGAUGACCUCAACCUGCACUACCGGUUCUUGAACUGGCGGCGACGAAUAAGAGAGAUCCGAGAGGUUCGGGCCGUCCGAUACCAGGAGAGAUUCAAGCACAUUUUGGUAGAGGGAGACACAUUGAGUUACCAUGGCAACUCUGGAGAAGUUGGCUGCUAUGUGGCUCCCAGGCCUCUGACCAAGGACAGCAAUUACUUUGAGGUGUCGAUCGUGGACAGCGGAGUGCGGGGCACCAUUGCUGUGGGGCUGGUCCCUCAGUACUACAGCCUCGACCACCAACCUGGCUGGCUCCCUGACUCAGUUGCCUACCAUGCAGAUGAUGGCAAGUUGUAUAGUGGUCGAGCCAAGGGCCGCCAGUUUGGGACAAAAUGUAGCUCUGGGGACCGGAUUGGCUGUGGCAUUGAGCCAGUGUCCUUUGAUGUGCAGACAGCUCAGAUCUUCUUUACUAAGAAUGGGAAGCGGGUGGGCUCUACCAUUAUGCCUGUGUCCCCGGAUGGGCUGUUCCCUGCAGUGGGCAUGCACUCCCUGGGUGAGGAGGUGCGGCUGCACCUGAAUGCUGAGCUGGGCAGUGAGGAAGAUGACAGCGUGAUGAUGGUAGACAGCUAUGAGGAUGAGUGGGGACGGUUGCAUGAUGUCAAAGUAUGUGGGACGCUGCUGGAGUAUGUGGGGAAGGGCAAGAGCAUCAUUGAUGUGGGGCUGGCCCAGGCCCGCCACCCGCUCAGCACCAGAAGCCACUACUUUGAGGUGGAGAUAGUCGACCCCGGGGAAAAGUGCUACAUUGCCUUGGGGCUGGCGAGAAAGGAUUAUCCCAAGAAUAGGCACCCUGGCUGGAGUAGAGGUUCCGUGGCGUACCAUGCAGAUGACGGGAAAAUCUUCCACGGAAGCGGCGUGGGGGAUCCUUUCGGGCCUCGAUGUUACAAAGGAGACAUCAUGGGCUGCGGGAUCAUGUUUCCUCGAGACUACAUUCUGGACAGCGAAGGAGACAGUGACGACAGUUGUGACACAGUGAUCCUGUCUCCCACGCCUCGGGCCGUCCGCAAUGUCAUGUACCUGCACCAGGAGGGGGAAGAGGAGGAGGAGGAGGAGGAAGAGGAGGAGGAGGAGGAGGAUGGAGAAGAGAUGGAGCAAGGGCAUGAGGGCAAAAAGGUGGUGGUGUUCUUCACCCGCAACGGCAAAAUCAUCGGCAAGAAAGAUGCUCUCGUGCCCCCUGGAGGCUUCUUCCCCACCAUUGGGAUGCUGAGCAGUGGGGAGAAGGUCAAAGUGGACCUGCACCCUCUGAGCGGCUAGGGCUUCUGUGGGCACCCCUUUUUCCUCCUCCUGCCGGGACCAUCUACCAGUUCGUGGCCUCUCCUUCCUGCCUUCUUCCUUCCCCUGCUCCCCUUUUCCAGGGUUCGAGGAGGCCUUCGUUCCACCUCAUGCCUUGGCGGAAUGCCAGGCCGAGUCCCUGCUGAGUCUGGCAGCUGCCUGGCAUCUGCCUCUCUGGUCCCGGUGCCCCCUUCAUCAUCAUUACUUAGGGCCAAAGCCCCAGUACAACAGGGAUGUGCCAGCGGGCUGUGCGCACCUUGGUUUUUUGCCAAUGGCUCCAAGGUGCCAUCCCCACCAGACUCCUGGCUCCCUGGUCAAAGGAGGAGUCCCAGGGCCACAACUAAGCGACAAUAUCUUUCCUUGAGCCCGAAGCCACGGCCAGAUCCCCCACGGGACACCUAGCCAUCCGUGAGAUGUGGCUGUGCCCCGAGGACCUCUCCGCUGAAUGUCAGAGAUUCCCUGCUCCGGUCUGUCCCUCCUCCAGCCCCUGCUGGCAGGGCUUGGGGUGAGCCUUUUUGCUGGUCCUGACCCAUUCCUGGUGGCCAGGGACAGUCACUGUUCUUUCUUCUGAGGUCUGGGAGAUGCCCGGCUCCUGUCUCUGCAGCCCCACAAAACAGCCUGGUGCCAAGAGUGUGUGGGGAAGGUGUGGCGCCCCCGCGGGUAUGCCCGGGUGGCCUGCCUCGGCCCUCCCUUUCCCGGUGUUGCCCUCCCACUGUCCCCUGGAGGUGUGGGCCGUCUGCUUGCUGCUUGUUCCAGUCGCCUGGUUUGCGUCAGUGUUUGGAUCCCAGCUCUCGUGCUCUCUCCCCGACCCCCUUCCCCUGGCUAUGGCGGGGGACAGGAACCCCUUGCCCUGGCUGGCACAGAAGGAAUGGGGCCUGGGGAGGAGAAGGGGCUGAGCUGCUGUGCUGCUGGGGGACCCUGCCCUCUGGCUCCCCCCGUCCCCUGCACUAUGAUGUAUGAAAUGAAUGUACAGACCAGAGUUGUUUAUACGGCCAAUAAAGAUGGAGUUUCCAUAUUUA